GGUACCAAGAAGUAUGUUUCUUUGUUUUAAACAAACGGAAUCCGAUUAGGGUGGAGGAUUCAUUAUCAGAUUGGGUGGGGUUGGCACUCUUUCAUUGAAAGGCUCCACCAAGUGUUCCGGGAUCACAUUUCUCAUUAGUUCCCGUGUCACAGUGCUCGGCAAGCUACAAAACCAGCCUCAAAAUGUUUUGCCCCAGCUAUAUUCAAGGAACAAUAGUCCCAAAUCCAAACUGUGACCCUGUGAUUGAUGCCCAAAUGAUUGGAGGAGCUCUUCAAGGAUUUGAAUGCGACAAGGAUGUUCUGAUUGAUAUCCUGACUCAACGCAGCAAUGCACAAAGGAUUAUGAUUGCACAGGCCUAUGGGAAUUUGAAUGGCACGGAUUUGCUCGGAGUCCUAAAAGAUAACCUUGAUGGCCAUUUCAAAGAAGUUAUAACAGGGUUGAUGUACCCUCCUCCAUCCUAUGAUGCCCAUGAUCUUUGGCAUGCUAUGAAGGGACCGGGAACAGAUGAAAACUGCCUAAUUGACAUCUUAGCUUUGCGAUCAAGUGCUGAAAUAUUUCAGAUUAAAGAAGCCUACGUACUACAAUACAAUAACAACCUUGAUCAGGACAUUUAUUCAGAGACCUCGGGUCAUUUCAGAGAUUCCUUAAUGAAUCUGGUGCAGGGUGUGAGAGAAGAAGGCUAUGCGGACCCUGCUAUGGCUGCUCAAGAUGCAAUGGUUCUCUGGGAAGCUUGCCAAAGAAGAACGGGGGAGCACAAAAAUAUGCUGCAGAUGAUUUUAUGUAACAAAAGUCACCAGCAAUUGUGGUUGGUAUUCCAGGAAUUCCAAAAUAUUUCUGGACAAGACAUUGCUGCAGCAAUUAGUGAAUGUUUUGAUGGUUACUUCCAACAACUCCUUCUGGCAAUUGUUUCCGCUGUGCGUGACAAACCAGCAUAUUUUGCAUACAGACUAUACAAUGCCAUUCACGAAUUUGGUUUUCACAAUAAAACCAUUAUAAGGAUACUUGUAUCAAGAAGUGAAAUUGACCUGAUGAACAUAAGACAGAAAUAUAAAGAAACAUAUGGAAAAUCUCUCUUUCACGACAUUAAGCAUUUUGCAUCUGGACACUAUGGAAAAGCUUUACUAGCCAUUUGCGCUGGUGACACGCAAGAUUACUGAAGAGAAAUCACUAAGAAAUACAAAUAUAGAAAAAUACAAGAGCAAUCACCAACUAAAGUGACAAAAUAUGGCUCAACUUUUCCCCGCAUUCAUCAACACUAAUUAGGAAUAAGAUAAUUACAGAACUGUUCUUUCUAUUCAUAUUUAAUAAACUGCUUUCAAAAAUAGAA